GGAGGAGCGUGUUCCACGGGGGCCAACGUGAGCACAUCCUCAAAAAGCAGGUGCGCUGGUCAGGGGCAUCAUUUGGGAGCGCGCGCACACACGCAGACCUUCGCUUCUUUCGCAGACAUGGCCUCCACCACCUCCAGCGGCGUGUUGCCCAGCGGCUGCAAGAUACUCUGCAAGAUGCCCGAUCUCCUCUUCAUCCCUGAGUUUGUGGCUGGCGGUUUGGUGUGGACGCUGGUGGCCUCCACAGAAGUAUUGAUUCCCAACCCUCAAGGUUGGGUGAUGUUCGUGUCCAUCUUCUGCUUUGUCAUGACCACCAUCUGGUUCAUCUGUUUCCUCAGUGGAAUCAACCAGAAUGGUUCCUAUUGGCCAACACUGGAUGUGACUUAUCAUUUCAUCGCCGCGGCCCUCUACCUGAGCGCUGCUGUUCCGGAGGCACUCAUCACCAUCGAGCUGAAAGCAAUCGCCGUUAAUCCGCCCGGACUGAAGAUCUACCGGGAGAACAUCGCAGCGGUGGUAAUGGCCUACGUGGCCACGCUCCUGUACGCAGUGCACACAAUCUUCUCAGCCAUCCGGUGGAAAUCUUCCUGAAGAAAGCCAUCGCGAGAUAACUGCCAUGACGUGGAACAGAAAAACAAAACAAAACAAACAAAAAAAAAAACACUUGGGAUUGUGGAGUUUAAGAAUCUGUAUGGCCUGUGUUCAGUUGGGAUUUGUCCUUAACUUUGACAAGUAAAUGUCAGUGUUACAUUUCGUCUUUACAAACUCCGUUUGGCAGGUUACUUUUAGUGAUUGCCGAAUUGUUUGUGAUGCAAAACAAAUUCUUGCUUUCAAUUGUUUAGUCAAAGACAAAUGGUGAGUUGAGUCCUCUUAAUGACCUUAUGCUUGUGUUUUAACCAAAGCUUCAGAAUGCACAAGACUCAAGCGUGUGUAUCUUCUGAAAAUGAAAAA